AUGGUUCGAGAAAGUAAUCCAGAUUUGACCUGGACCCGAUUCUUGGAGUUGUUUUACAAUAAACACUUCCCCCUAAGUGUUCGAAACCGCAAGGCUACCGAAUUUCAGACCUUGGCGCAAGGCAACCGAACAGUGGCGGAAUACGACCGCACUUUUACUGAAUUGGUGAGGUUUGCACCUCACAUAGCCAACGAUGAAUACAUGAAGGCUAGAAAGUUCGAGACUGGGCUUCGCAGACCGAUUCAGGACAGGGUUAGCUUGCUCAAUAUGCCGACUUACGCCGAGGUGUUGGACAAAGCCAUUUUGGCCGAAGCUAACUUAAACCGAUACCAGAACUCGGGGGAGAACCAGCGGAAGAGACAGAACUAUGACAAUCGCCGAGCACAGCUCGGUACCAAGAAGAGGACGAACAUGGGUAGUUCUAGUAACCUACGACAGGAAGGUAAUGCUAAACCGACGUGUUCGGAUUGUGGGAAGCAACAUUUUGGGGUCUGUCGCCGGACAUCUGGAGCCUGUUAUGAAUGUGGCGAAAUAGGUCAUUAUGUGAGAGACUGCCCUAAGACAAAGGCUGAUAACAACAAGAAGGACGAGAAUACCUCGGGUUCCGUCCAGAGGGGUAAUGUUGGAAGGGGACAGAUGAGACAGGGCAGAGCAUUUGCGCUAGUACCAGGAGACACUCAGAAUGCUGAAAUAGUGGUGUCAG